GACGUCGUAGAGAAGGGACUCCGUCGUCAUCUAAGCACUAGGGUUCUACGAGUGUACUGUUGCUCGACCAGUUAGUGGUGAAAAUGGAGAAUCAGGAGCCGGAAAUCGAGAAAUUGCCUCAAGAAGAUGUUCCUGAUCGAGAACCAGACCAGAAGAAGCUCAAGAUUUCAACCACCGGCCAGGAAACUGAUUCCUCGGCUGUUACCGCCGGCGGAAGCAACGUCGCCGAGCGUAGAGCGCCGAAAUACAGACGCCGGAAAGUCGCAAUUAUGUUUGCGUUUUGCGGAGUAGGAUAUCAGGGAAUGCAAAAGAAUCCCGGCGCCAAAACCAUUGAAGGUGAGCUCGAAGAAGCGUUGUUCCAUGCCGGAGCAGUACCUGAGGCUGAUCGAAACAAACCAAGAAAUUACGAAUGGGCACGAUCCGCCCGUACCGAUAAAGGAGUGAGUGCGGUGGGACAAGUUGUUUCUGGUCGUUUUUAUGUUGAUCCGCCUGGAUUUGUGGAGCGUCUCAAUUCGAAGCUCCCUGAUCAGAUUCGUGUGUUUGGGUACAAGCGUGUUGCGCCGUCGUUUAGCUCCAAGAAAUUAUGUGAUCGGAGGAGGUAUGUGUAUCUAAUUCCGGUUUUUGCUUUGGAUCCAUGCGUACAUAGUGAAGCUGAGAUGGUUAGAACGGAAUUAGGUUACGAAUAUGUCAAAUGUGUUGAGUGCUCUGAGAAAGGCUAUAAGAUUCCAGUUGGUGUUAUGGGCAAAGACACUGAGUGUGAUACAAAAUCAUUGGAGAUUCAGUCAGCCAUUUCGUCGAGCAACUUUGAUGCAUUAGGAACUGAUGUCAAGUGUGAAACUUUGAGCUCUAGUGUACCUAAUGUAGAAAGUAACUUAAACUCAGAAGUUCUAGAUGGGGCUGAUGUAUCUGCUACGACCGAGAAAAACCCUGAUUCAAGCUCUAAAGCAGAGGAUAUGGAAGAAUCGAAUUUGGAUUCUUCGAAAGAAUCGAAUACUUUGGCUAAGGUAGAGAUGAACAAUGGGGGAGGAGGAGACAUGACAGAGAGCAAGUUCUGUUAUGGAGAGAAGGAAAAGGAGAGGUUUAACAGAAUUCUAAGCUAUUAUGUUGGUUCACAUAACUUCCACAACUUCACCACCAGAACGAAAGCAGCAGACCCAGCUGCGAAUCGCUAUAUUCUCUCUUUCAACGCAAACACAGUGAUUAAUCUCGAUGGAAAAGAUUUUGUCAAGUGUGAAGUUGUUGGACAGAGCUUCAUGCUUCACCAAAUCCGGAAAAUGAUUGGACUUGCUGUUGCAGUCAUGAGGAACUAUGCACCUGAAUCACUGAUCGAAACUGCUUUCAAGAAGGAUGUGAGAAUCAAUGUACCGAUGGCGCCAGAAGUUGGAUUAUACCUUGAUGAAUGCUUCUUCACGUCUUACAACAAAAGGUUUAAAGGCAGUCAUGAGGAGGUGUCAAUGGAAGAGUACAAGGAAGUAGCUGAAGAAUUCAAAUGGAAGCAUGUUUACUCACAUAUUGGCUCAGCUGAAGAAAAAGAUGGAUCUGUGGCUAUUUGGUUGCAUUCUCUGAACCAGAGAAACUAUCCUGAUCUACGAAGCAAUGAAUACAAACCGGAUGAAGUCAUUGUCUAUAAGAAGAUUGGUGAGGCCUCUGAAGAAAAUAUCCAUGAAGAGAAAAUUACAGUGAAAGAGAACACUAAUGGCACUGCAGAGCUAUUUGUUGUCGAUAAGGUGAAUGAUGAAACCUCUGAAGGAACAAUUAUGGUAGAGAGGACUACACUAGACGAGAAGGCAACCGAAUGAAGCCGCUUUUUAUCUACUGCGGAUCACUGGAUUCAAGCUUCACACCGCAGGACCAAACCGGACUAGUGAGCCAGAUGAGUAACAUCAUGCCUCAGUUAAAAAAUAUAUUUGGACAUUUGUUUAAGUCUGUCCUUUGAGUUUUGUCUCUCAUGACAAAAUUUUGGAAACUCAAGUCAUAUGUUAGCAUUGUGACAUUUUGAUUUUAUUAUAAUGUUACCGAAUAAGUAUUGGCUAUGCCU